CUUUCUUUCUGCCCCCAAAGACACGUUGCCGUUUAACCGUAUUACAGGGAUGGUUGCAACUCACGGACACUGCGCGCUGAUCUCUAGCCUUUUCUGUCUAUAUCCACCCUGCGAGGGUGCUGGCAGUCGAUUACCUGGAAUUCCCUGCUGUCUGGCAUACCCAAAAUCUGUAGGAAACAGAGGUACUGCAGCACUAUUGGUUAACUACAUAGAUUUGCAAGCUCUUAUUGGCUCUACCUCGCCCUUGGCGAAAGUGCUGUCCAUCCGCACCCGAUGGGAGAGCGGGGCGUAGAAAUUUGAAGUUGGGGCGGUAGGCGCUAAUUGGGUAGGGAAAGUGGGUUGCUGCC